CGUCACUUCCAGGCAGGCCUCCGUUCCAGGCGACGCGCCCGGAGUUGUCAUCGUUCCACCGGGAGAGGCGAAGGGCAUCCGGGAUACCGGGCGAGAGGGCAGCCGCCGAUCAGCGUUUCUCGAGUGGACAUACGGACCAGUGGACAGACGGACCCGUGGACUUGUCCUUCAUUGCUCUCUGUCCUGGUUGUGACCUUGUGGACUUUUAUUUCCUUCCGUUCUGAAGUUGAGGAGCUUCCGGCCCGGCGGACUGACCACCACUUCUGUGUGUGUGUUGCUUUAAGGACUGCUUAUGCAUCGUCUCAGGACUUGUGCGGCGCGGUUGCGUCCGCUCACCGCCUCGCAGGCGGCUCAGACUGUUGGCCACCAGCGGCCAAUCACAGUUGCCUUCACAGGCGGCACAAGGACGUUUCAGCCAAUCAGGUGCUACUCAGCACCUGUGGCCUCUGAGCCGUUCCUGAACGGGACGAGCUCCAACUACGUGGAGGAGAUGUACUACGCCUGGUUGGAGAACCCAAAGAGUGUUCACAAGUCGUGGGAUGUGUUUUUCCGCAACGCCAACGCCGGCGCCCCCCCCGGCGCCGCCUACCAGUCUCCUCUGGGUCUGGCCUCCAGCCUCGUGGCUCCUCAGCUCUCGUCUCUGGUCGGAGCUCAGCCCAACGUGGAGAAGCUGGUGGAGGACCACCUCGCCGUCCAGUCGCUCAUCAGGGCCUACCAGGUGAUGGGGCAUCAUAAUGCUCAGUUGGAUCCUCUGGGAAUCAGCUGUGUGAAUUGUGAUGAUGCUCCUUCCAGGACGUCGGUGAAUGUAGGUUUCUACGGCCUGAAUGAGUCCGACCUGGACAAAGUGUUCCGUCUUCCCACCACCACCUUCAUCGGAGCUUCGGAGAGCGCCCUCCCCCUGAAGGAGAUCAUCAGCCGCCUGGAGAUGUCGUACUGUCAGCACAUCGGAGUGGAGUUCAUGUUCAUCAACGACCUGGACCAGUGUCAGUGGAUCAGACAGAAGUUUGAGACUCCAGGAGUGAUGCAGUUCACUUUGGAGGAGAAGAGGACGCUGCUCGCCCGCAUGAUCCGCUCCACCAGGUUCGAGGAGUUCCUGCAGAAGAAGUGGUCUGCAGAGAAGCGUUUUGGUCUGGAAGGAUGUGAGUCUCUGAUCCCUGCUCUGAAAACCAUCAUCGAUAAAUCGUCUGAGAACGGAGUGGAGAACAUCAUCAUGGGAAUGCCUCACAGGGGUCGUCUGAAUGUUUUGGCCAACGUGAUCCGUAAAGAGCUGGAACAGAUCUUCUGUCAGUUUGACUCUAAACUGGAAGCAGCUGAUGAGGGCUCUGGAGACGUGAAGUACCACCUGGGCAUGUACCACCGGCGCAUCAACCGCGUGACGGACAGGAACAUCACUUUGUCCCUGAUGGCCAACCCGUCCCAUCUGGAGGCCGUGGACCCGGUCGUCCAGGGAAAGACCAAAGCUGAGCAGUUCUACUGUGGGGACAACGACGGGAACCGGGUGAUGUCCAUCCUGAUCCACGGAGACGCAGCGUUUGCGGGUCAGGGAAUCGUGUAUGAGACCUUCCACCUGUCCGACCUGCCGUCCUACACCACGCACGGGACCGUGCACGUUGUGGCCAACAACCAGAUCGGCUUCACCACCGACCCGCGCAUGGCCCGCUCCUCCCCCUACCCGACCGACGUGGCCCGAGUCGUCAACGCUCCGAUCUUCCACGUGAACGCCGACGACCCCGAGGCCGUCAUCUACGUGUGCAAGGUGGCAGCCGAGUGGAGGGCCACCUUCCACAAGGACGUGGUGGUGGACCUGGUGUCUUACCGUCGGAUGGGUCACAACGAGAUGGACGAGCCGAUGUUCACUCAGCCUCUGAUGUACAAGCAGAUCAAGAAGCAGAAACCGGUUCUGCACAAAUACGCUGAGAAGCUGAUCGCAGAGGGAGCCGUGAGCCGACAGGAGUACGAGGAGGAAAUCGCUAAGUACGAUAAGAUCUGCGAGGAGGCGUACACUCGAUCCAAAGACGAGAAGAUCCUCCACAUCAAACACUGGCUGGACUCCCCAUGGCCCGGUUUUUUCACUCUGGAUGGACAACCCAAGACCUUGAGCUGCCCGUCCACUGGACUGACUGAAGAGAACCUGAACCACAUUGGACAGAUGGCGUCGUCCGUCCCCGUGGAGGACUUCACCAUCCACGGAGGUCUCAGUCGGAUCCUGAAGAGUCGAGGUCAGAUGGUUCAGAACCGGACGGUGGACUGGGCCCUGGGGGAGUACAUGGCCUUCGGCUCGCUGCUGCAGGAGGGGAUCCACAUCCGGCUGUCGGGUCAGGACGUGGAGCGAGGGACCUUCAGCCACCGUCAUCACGUCCUUCACGACCAGAACGUGGACAAGAGGAUCUGCAUUCCCAUGAACCACCUGUCCCCGGACCAGGCGCCCUACACGGUCUGCAACAGCUCGCUGUCGGAGUACGGAGUCCUGGGGUUCGAGUUGGGUUUUGCGAUGGCCAGUCCGAACGCUCUGAUCCUGUGGGAGGCCCAGUUCGGAGACUUCCACAACACGGCCCAGUGCAUCAUCGACCAGUUCAUCUGUCCUGGUCAGGCCAAGUGGGUGAGGCAGAACGGAAUCGUGCUGCUGCUGCCACACGGCAUGGAGGGCAUGGGUCCAGAACAUUCUUCAGCUCGUCCAGAGAGAUUCCUCCAGAUGUGCAACGACGACCCAGAUGUCAUGCCUACCCUGACUGAGGACAUUGCCGUGCGUCAGCUCUAUGACUGUAACUGGAUCGUGGUGAACUGCUCGUGUCCUGGAAACUACUUCCACGUCCUCAGAAGACAGAUCCUGCUGCCGUUCAGGAAGCCGCUGAUCGUCUUCACUCCCAAGUCUCUGCUGCGCCACCCAGAGGCCAGAUCGAGCUUUGACGAGAUGCUGCCUGGAACUCACUUCCAGAGGUUGAUCCCAGAAGCCGGCUCUGCGUCCGAGCGUCCAGAGGAAGUGAAGAGGUUGAUCUUCUGCACGGGGAAGGUUUACUACGAGCUGACCAAAGAGAGGAAGAGCAGAGGGAUGGAUGGAGACGUGGCCAUCGCACGUAUCGAGCAGCUGUCUCCCUUCCCGUUCGACCAGGUGAAGGCCGAGUCCGAGCGCUUUGCCAACGCGGAUCUGGUUUGGUGUCAGGAGGAGCACAAGAACCAGGGUUACUACGACUACGUGAAGCCUCGCAUCAGGACCACCAUCCAGAGAGCGAAGCCUGUCUGGUACGCUGGUAGAGUUCCGGCGGCGUCUCCGGCCACAGGAAACAAAAACACUCACCUGGUGGAGCUGCGGCGCUUCAUGGACACCGCCUUCGACCUGGACGCGUUCAAAGACCAGCAGUGAAAUCAAACCCCCCCCCCCCCCCCCCCGUCACUCGACUGCAAACCUCUCCUAGAUUCAUUUUCUCUCACGCACACACACACGCACACACACACACACACACACAGGACAUACUAUAGACAAAGUUUUAACCGCGUGUACGACUACAAACCUGAAGUAACGCAACGUCAGUAUUGUGUAGUUCAGUGAAUGUGUGUGUGUUUUUCACUUUGAUCAAACAUGGGACAGAAACUGAAAUGUUUAGAUUUGAAUUUAAUUCUGUGUCAAACUUUGAUAUUUUCAGUAAAUCAAAGACAGAAACAUCUGAUUUCCAGUUGACUGUUAGAAUCCUCCCAACAGACCCAUCAGCUUCUUCACACCUGGAAACUGUCACGUGUGUUAGUGAAGUGGUCGUUACACACAUCACGAGUUCGGCUUCUCAUUUAAACAGUUGAAGUGUCUGUGUGAGAGUGAGGGAUGCACACACACAACCGUGAACUACACAACUACUGCACACAUUGUGAGCAGUUCAUACAUGUGCUCACCGUGUUGCAUGUAUGUACUGAGCAGUUUGUAUGAACAGAUGUUGCGUGUCGUAAAGAAACACAACCUGCUCUGAAUAUUGUUUUACUUAAUUUAUUCAGAUCAGUGUGGAUUAUUAUUCCACAAACCAAAGUUGAUCUGAAAUAAUCCGAUUCAUUCAUGAUCAACUGCUAAAUAGGUUUUCAGAAUAAAAGGUUCAAGAUGGAGUAAAGAAAAACCAUGAGGUGAUGUCAUUGAGGACAGAGGAAGAUGUGAUGGAGCUUCUCGUCUGAUAAACUCACUUCUUCACAGAAACUUGAUCGAUCUGUCAAAUUGAUUCCGGAGCAGCAGGAAGUUUGAAUCUCAAACGAGCAGAGUUUUUAAUAAGCUCUGGAACAUUCAGCUCUAGAACCUGAUGUUGAGAAACUUACAGAGACGACGAGGAAGCGUUUGAUUCGUCUGCUAAGUCGAGCUUUAAGUCUGAACCCUCAUGAACUUUGACCUCUGAACACACACUCCUCCGUCCACACACACACAAACACACACACACACACACACACACAGCAGCAGCAGGUCAACAGCUUUUACAGAAGCUUCAGGAAACAGGGAUUCCUCCUGUUUCUAUUUCUCAUCUUCUUCAUCUUCCUCCCACGAACUCGACAAAUCAUUUUCACCCAAAAUGUUGCAGGAAGCUUUUUUUGAUUGUCUCGUUAGCGCCCCCCAUUGAGCAGGAGUGGCAGCGCGCCCAGCAGGGAGGUGUUUCUUCUUCUUCUUCUUCCGCAGGUCGGUCCGCCCGGUAACGAACGUGUAAUGAGUUACCAAGGCUACGCUUCUCGCCCACGGGGAUCGAGGGGAUCCGCGUGGCGGAGGCUGCGCGCGCCAACCGGAAGUGACCCACGCACAGCUGAUCAGAUCCCGACCCGCGCUUCUCGCUCUUUUAUCCCGUGCCAAACUGGGUCACAGCAUCAAGUGUUUUUAUCCCUUUGUUUUUGUUUUAUUUUAUUUUUUGUCGAGCAACUGAAUGAAAUCUUUCACCAGAAAAAAUUGAAUCUAUUGAAAUCAAAUGAGAAGAAUCUGGUUUGAAGCAGUGAAAUGAAACGACAGCAGGUGAAGUUCUGAGCUUCUGUCGGACAAAGAAAAUGAUUUAUUUAUUUUCAUAACGGGAUUUCAAUUCUCUUCAUUAUUUUGCUUCAUUCAAUAAAGAAUUCUACUGAAA